UACUUUAUAAAUAAUGCAUUAUUUAGUCUGCAUCAUCUGGUGGUACAUUAGCUGGUCGUCGUUUUCUUCGUUCUGUCGCUUAUUUAUGUGCUAAACAAACAAUUCAUUUACCAAUACUUCUGUCAAAUAAUGAUCAUUAUGAUAGUCCAUCAACAGGAUUACGAAAAGCAACAUCUUAUCGUCUUUUACAAAGUCCACUAACACCAUUACCAAUUGUUAUUGAUCACGUUCCAGAAAAACCUAUUGAAGAAAAACCAAUUGAUAUUCCUGUUGAAUCUGUAUUUAUGUGGCAAAAAACAACCAAAAAUAAAGAUAGUAAGAAAAUCGAAGAUGAUUCAUCGAAUAAAAAACGAUAUCGACGACGUAAAUCACAACGUUGUCUUGAUUUAUCAACAAUUCAAGAAAAAAGUUUUGAUUCAGAUUCAGUCAUAAAUCAUUCUGUGAAUUCUGAUGAUAAAAUUUCAUCACAAUCAAUUUCAUCAGGUUCAACACGUCAACCGUUAGGAGAAAUUGAUAUAAAUUCUUUUAAUAAUGAAGAACGACAACAAGCUGAAAAUGAAAAUAGUAAUACAAGUCAACAUUCAAUGUUAUUUUCAUUAGUAAGUGGGAAUGAUAAAGAAAAUUUAUCAAUAACAAUUGCAAAACGAACAAUAACAACAACAAAUAUUGAACCACCACGUAAAAAACAGAAGAAAACUAAUAGCAAAGUAUUAGUACCUGGUCAAAAAAUGAUUACAAAUUUUUUUCAAUCAAAAAAUUAA